AUGUCCAGAAAAGAAGAUGGGCAGAAAAAGCCUGCCAGCUCCUCCAACAAAUUAUCGGAAAAAACGAAAGAUCUCAAUGAAGACCAUCAAGGAACCGAGACACUUUCGAGCAAGAAAGAAGAAGAGGAGUUAGACGAAAAUUUUGAUGAUUGGGUUUUUGAUGAUGACGAAGACAGCGAAAACACCGUUGAUGAAAAGGAAAUUCUUGAGAGCGUUCCAGAAACAUGGAGACAAGCGAGCAUGAUUGAAGAAGUUCUUGAAAGAAGGCAACUACAUAAGGACGCACAAGGUGGAAGUAUCAAAAAACAAAAGAAUUCCACCGAUCAGGAUAUUUGUGAGGAUCCCUUGGAUUUAGUAAGAAACUUGCAACUGUCAAAACUUAAGAAUGGUUUAAAUCCAUACGAAGAGGGGUUUGUCCCAACCAAGUAUAUAGCCUCCUUUCAUUCAAAGUUCAGUUUUGAAAUUUUGAAGAAAUCUCGGAUUACAUGUAGACAAAGAAAAGAAGCUCAGUCACGCAAGCUAAGACAAUUUGUACAGGAUAACUUGGAAAAAUAUAUUUACUUGAAAGACAAGUUGGAAGAGUUUUUUAUAGGAGACAGAGAAGGCAGAAACAUUUUUAAUGAUACUGCUGUACAAGUUCUUGAAGAAUCUUUUAAUUCAUUGCAAACAGCUGCUAAAGCCUUAUUCUCUCCUAUCAUUAAAACCCAACAACUAAGUGAGGAGAUUAGAAGCAUGACAGUAAUUGUUGACAAACUCAAAUUUUUGUUUGUUAUCCCCUCAGAGAUUAAGGAAAAUAGAGAAAGGAAAGAGUACAAGAAAAUAAUAUUGGACUACAAAAAGGCAAAAUACUUUAUUAGAAAUAGUUCUUCAAAAAUUCUUAAAUCCCUUUACACACAAAUAUUGAGACAAGUGAGUGAAGUAAGGACAGACUUAUUUUCAAAACUUAAGGACCCAUCUAUUUCUAUUGAUCAAAAAGACAGAUACAUUGGAUAUUUAUACAUGUUGGAUGCAAAGGAGGCGGAUCCUAUUUCAUUUUUCAUUUUCCAUCAGUUCAAUUAUAUUGUCAGUCAAAUUCAAGACCUAGAAAAUGGUGAUUUAGAGGGAGUUGACAAUAUGCUCUUCGAAGAAGGAAUAUUGUGGUCUCUUGAUUCUUUUAUUGGAAAAACACAAUUCAAGCCCAGUACAAGCUUCACCCUUUAUGUGGAAACAGUGAAAAAGUUAUGUGACUUGCUUUAUGAAAACUUGCAAUUGUUUUGGAGGUUUUCAAAAUACUCUUUGGAAGACAAGUACAAACAAGAAAGAAUUGGCAACAAGAAAAACAUCCAAGUGGUCAAAUCUCAAGAAAGAGAUCGACAGGUUCAAAAAGAAGCAGAGAUAUUAGGACUAUUCAAUGAAAUUUACAGUACUUUCUCAAUUCUCAUACGUGAGCUGUUCGAGAAAAUGGAUACAAAUGAAAUCAGUCAACCUCAUACAGAAGAAGCAUUGCAAUACUUUUCCACAAAACUACUAUCUACAUCCGAAUUUAAAAUUCAAACUAAAUUCAUCAAACCACUCUACAGCUUCGUUCAAGAAAUGAAAAAUGAUAUUACAACGCAAUAUUGUUUAAGAACAAUUUCAAAAAUUCAAGAUUUACAUGAAUGUGAAGAUUGGAUCCUCAUUAAGGAAAGCAAUACGACAAAACUUCCUCUAAUAUUCAUGAGAUACAUUUAUUCUUUGAUUGAUAUCUUGAAUUCAAUUAUGACACAUGCAGAGGACUGCAAGGACGUAAAGACCUUGUUCAUUGAAGCGUUAAUGUCAUUUGCAGACUGUAUCUAUACACUCGCAGAAGAUUUAGAUCAGAAUGAUAUCCUUACCUCUCUUCAAUCUAGCUCUGCUCAAUACACCUCAAUUACCUCAAUCGGACACAGAACUGCAGAUCAACGACUUUUACUUAUGGUGAGAAACUUAUUUUUCCUUACAAAGAGUGAUGGAGGAUUGGACAAAAUGAUUCAUUCUUUUUCUGAGAAGAUACUUACCAAAGAUAACAGUUGUGAGGAGCAAGGUGAUGACGAAGAGGAUUUGGAAGAUAUCGAUUUCGAUGAUAUAGAUCUGGAAAAUAUACCCCAAUCAUACAGUAAGCCAAAAGAAGACUUUAGAGACAGCGAUUUGGUUAAAAACGUGUUUGACAUAUUCGAAAAGCUUUCAAAUAUUGUGUUAAACAAAUGGUUGAGAAGAAAAAUCACGUCGUUGUCGGCAAUCAUAAGAAAAGGAGUGUUAAAUCCGGGCUUCAAGUGGUCCAAUAUGUUGAACCCAACCACUGUUCGAAGUUACAUCAUUGAAACUUUACUAGGGUUAACACUAAUUCACCAUGAAAUUAUUGAUAUGAAAGCGAAAACUUCCUUUACAAAUACUAUUUGUAGGGAGUUAAAAAUUGGAUUGCUUGAUACUUUAAAUGACUGUUGCCUUCGUCUUCCAGAGGAUAUUUGCCUUAAUGGAUGUCUUCAACUUGAUAUUGAGGUUACCUUUUUUGACGAGUGCCUUUCAUGCUUUGACACUGAAGAGAGUAUUUCUAUUUUCUCAAAAAUUAGAAGGAAACUAAUAACUUUUCAUGAAGAAUUGGACAACAUUAGUGAUGUCAAUUCUCAGCUUUCCAAAACAAAGCAAGAUGUGAUCAACAAGUACAAAGAAAAAACUGCUCAGCAACUUGCUGGUUUCAACAACUCAUUAUGUUCUAGAGAUGUUAAGGAGCCAAUAAGACGAACGACUGUAAACACUUUAACUGUCAAACUUCCAACGACAGACAAUGCUUCAUUUAAUAGGGAAGAAAGUAGAACAGAAGAUUUGGGCUUGACUUUUGGUUUGAAGCAAAAACGAAUUCAAGCAACAGCCCUCAAAGAAGGAAAAGUUUCAACCACUCCAAAAACCUCCAAGGUCAACAGAAGUGCUAAUUCGUCUACAGACACACCAGACAAUAUUAUAAGAAAAUCAAUGAGGCAACUCGAUGCUGCAUCUGCUGGCAAUACCGAAGCGAGAUCACCCGCUACAACAACAAGCCCAAACGUUAUUUCGACUCCAACAGCUCCCAAGAAAACUCUUGCAAUGGCAUCUGUCACAAAACGAACUCCUUCCUCGUCAUUGAAUCCCCAAAAGAAACAAUGA